AUGGCCACCAAGACCUGGACCAGCGUCUCUGCGAUCGGCCACUUAUCCUUAGGUCAGAACGUGCUCUUCUACUUGGGCGAUGCGAAGGAGUGGGUGGCCGGCAUCGUCCGCUUUUUGGGGACCACAGACUUCAUAGAGGGCGAGUGGAUUGGACUGGAGCUCAAGGAGGCACACGGCAAGAACGACGGGGAAGUCAAGGGCAAGCGCUACUUCACUUGCCAGCCGAAGCACGGGGUCUUCACCAAGCCCGGGAUGGUGAGGGCAGCGCUGGCGCAGUCGAGGACAACGACCCACCGCAAGCAGAAGCGCACGGGGCGCCUGAGGCCCGAGAUCGUUGUCGCAGAAGAAGGGCCACCAGCGAAUCAGACGCCGCCCCCCGAUCUGCACUCUGAACCAUCACAGUCGCCAGGAGCAGUUCAGAGCAUGCCCCUGCAAGCGAAGGCGAAGAAGAGGGAGCUCAUCGACCUGCUCGGGGGAGAGGACGAAGUGGCAAAGCACAAGAAGGCGUCCAGAGACGUCCAGCAGAAGGUGAAUCAGAUGCUGAAAGAAGGAGAGGACCCAGCCAGUCAGCCCGCCAUCUUUCAAGGUAUCGGCCUGCAGCGCAUGCUGCACAUGGCGGAGCACUUUAAGCAGGAGUUCGACAAAAUCUGCUGGGAGUUAGAGAAACGGCUCAAGGACCACCACGACGUGUCCUACACCGCUGCACCCAUCAAGUCGUUUGCCUCUGCCUCCAGCAAAGUCAGCACGGAGUACCACGGCAACUGCACGCAGCUGAAAGACGUUGUGCGCGGCACCAUGGUCAUCAACAGCACGGAGGAGCACCCACCGAGCUUGCGCGAUGCCUACGACAUCCUCCGAAAGCUCGUGGCUGCGGACGACAUUCUUCGCAAGGUCAACGCCAGAUUCAGUCGUUUCAGCGACCGAUAUCAGAAGCCGGUCGGGGCCUCCAAGUACAGAGACUGGCUGUUCCUCAUCAAGGUUGGGGACUUCAUCUGCGAGCUGCAGGUGAACUUCAAAGAGGCGGUGGAGGUAAAGGAAGCUGAGCAGCACAAGGACUACGAAAUGGAGCGCCUUGGAACGCGCAAGCUGCUUGAGGCAUCCAUGAGCAACGACCCGAGCAUGGUCCAGCUGCUGUUGUCCUCCGGCAGAGUCCACCAGAAGACGAUGGCGAACACGAGAGACUGCCAUGGGUACACGCCCUUGCAUUACGCGGCCAGGCAUGGGUCGAUGGCUAUGCUGGAGCAUCUGCUUCCAGCCGGCGCGGACGUCCUCGCGCUGGACCGGGAAGGCUUCCCGGCCAUCCACCACGCCCUUCAAGCGAGCCAUCCUAAAGUCACGGAGCGGCUGCUGGACGAGAUGCUGAAGCUCCCAGCCGCCAAGCUGCGCAAGGAACCGCUAGCAAGCAGGAUUCAAGGCGUCUGGGGCGCCGCGCACCAGGCUAGUAAUCCUGCGAUGCAGGGCCUGGUCGAACGGUUCACUGAACUCGCCAAGAAGUGCUACACUGUGGCAAGCGUGCACCUCCACGCCAUCGCACACAGCGGCGACGUAUCGGCCAUGCGGGCUGCUUUCGCGAGGCUCCCACCAGAGUAUGUGGUGUUGGGAUGGGACGUGAGAGGCUAUGAUCCUGUGGAGGGCGGUGACACAGAGAUGCUUGACUUGGCAAUCCUCAGCGGUUCGGCGGCGAUGGCCAAAAUGGUCCAGGACCCGGAGGUCCACGAGGGCGAUCUCCAACUGGGGUGUAUCCAUAUGCACAAGGACCCGCAGCAGAUCCGGAAAGCGGUGCGGCACGGGCAGGUGGCCCGGUUCCGCGCCUACCACAAAGUGAAACCCCCGGAUGCUGCGACCAUGGCCGCACUUCUCGUGGAGGCCUGCGAGACGGAGCAGCUUCAAAUGGCCUUCGAGCUGUGGACGCUUGGGGGCGACAGCGUCCAGGAGGCUCUGGGCACGGAGGCAAAGGAGAAGCUCGCAGAGCUCGGGGGUCGGGCCGCCGCCCUGGGACACGUGGACUACCUGCAGCUGCUGGUGGACGCGGGAGUCCCACUGGACCACUGCAUGGAGGGCUCGAGGUCCAUGAUCAUACGCGCGGCCAGUGCUGGCCGGACGCAGGCUGUGGAACUGCUGGCCACUGCGAGGGCCGACCUGACGACGGCGCUGCCUGAGGCCAUUGGCUGCGGGCACGGCGCAGCCGCGGAGGCGCUGCUGCGCCGCAGGGCCGACCCGCACGAGACCUGGGGAGACGAGCCGUGGGAGUCCGUCGUGGGCCAGGCGAUCAUGACCAACCGGCCAGAGAUGCUGCGGCUGCUAGCGGAUCACGGGGCUGAGAGUUACACGCAAGAGCACCUCGUUUUUGCCGAAGAAGAACAGGCGGCGGAGUGCCUCGAGCUCAUGCGCAGCCACCGGGCAAAGGGCACACAGCUAGAGGACCAGUGA